AUUAAUUAAUAAUAAUUAUUAUAAUUAAUAGAUCUUAGUUUUAAUUUUUUAUAUUGAAAUCACUUUUGCAAAAUACAACAUAAAAAUUUUAGGUAUUGAUAGCCAAUAUUAUCAUCAGAAAUUACUUUUAAUACACAUAUUUUUCAUUAAACUUUUUAUGUUUUGAUUAGCAAUCAAAGAACGAUGAUGACGAAUCCUUUUUGUUCGAAGCAGCCAAAAUAGAGCCUCGAAUAAAACAAGAAUAUCGUGACAGAAGCCAAGCGAUACAUGAACACAUGAGAAGAUCUUCGGCUCUGAAGAAGUGUCAGUUCUGUUUAGACAGUUCCCAUAUGAAGAAACAUUUAAUCGUUUCUCUUGGAAAAACUGUGUACUUAUCAUUGCCCGGUUGCCAAUCGUUAGUUGAUUAUCAUUGCUACAUUGUUCCAAUGGAUCAUGUUACUUCUGGUACAUUAUUAGACAAAGAUGUUUGGUCUGAAAUUCAGACCCUAAAGAAAUUCCUGAUUAAAAUGUUUGACAAAAUGGAUAAAACUGUUAUAUUUAUGGAGACAAGUAUACAUCACCGAUGGCACCCUCAUUGUUUUAUUGAAUGCAUUCCUGUGCCAAAAGAAGAUGGUGAUGUGGCUCCUAUGUACUUUAAGAAAGCCAUUAUGGAAUCUGAAACAGAAUGGUCACUUAACAACAAAUUAAUUGAUCUUUACAAGAAAGAUCUUCUUCAUUCGGUGCCGAAAGGUUUACCUUAUUUUUCGGUCGAGUUUUCAACAAGCGGUGGUGGAUUUGCCCACAUCGUUGAAGAAGAAAAACGAUUUCCACCACAUUUUGGAAAAGAAAUCAUCUGUGGAAUGCUGAGUAUUGAACCCUUUAGAUUUAGAAGGAGGAAGCUUUUGAAGCCAAAAGAACUUUUUGAAGCCAACAGAAAAUUCAUGAAGUUAAUUAAUGAAUCACGAAUGAAUUAUACCUGCCAAUUAUACUUGUCAAAUAAAAUCAUAAAUAAUGUUUGCUAAA